AUGUUGUCACAGAUUCAAACCAGCUAUCAGCGUGUGCAGCAGAGUCUCCAACGCCUGACCGACUCGAUCGCGGCGUACAAUCCCUCCACCAUAGCAGCCGAUGAGCUAGUCGCUGCAGAUGAUACUCUAAGUGAAGACUUGCGAACAUUACACCACCACCAAAGCAACGUCCACCGCAUAACCGACCUGAAACGCCGAGCCGAAACUAACGACGAGAAGAUAAAGACACAUUUCCGUGCCGUGGCACAGCUACGGAAGGAUCUGACGUCUAUACCGACAAUAGAGAGUAACACCUCCUCGCGCGAGGAUAUCAGUGUGGAUGACUUGCUGGCGUAUGCACGGUAUAUUAGUCCCACGACCGUACCGCCUACGUUCCGUCCGAGGCGAGAUGCUCACAGUUAUAUGAAGGGUGUGGAAGAGGGGAAGGGGGAGGAUGGGCAGAUGAGGAAUGGUGUCACCACCCCACCACCACCACCACCAGCAACAGCAACAGCAACAGCACAAGAUCACACGAACCCCGAGACCACAGCGACAGCGACAGCGACCACAGUGACACCACACAUCAAAGAAUCCACCAUCAGCCUCCAGACCCUCACCGACCCUGAGAAACAAUGGCUAAACCCAACAGCAACCCUCGACUUCACUCCCUGGCCUUCCCACAUCCUCAUCGGCAAUGGCGCCUUAGGCUCAAUCCAAAAGAUGGUGGAAAGCGGGAAAGAUCCGGCGAGUGUGCUGAGUGCGGAGGAGCAGGCUGAAGUCGAUAAGGUGAGGAAGGAGGAGGAGGAAAAAGAAAGGAAAGAGGAGGAAGAGAGGGCGAGGAGGAGGGCGGUAAUGUUUGAUGCUGCUGGUAGUGCAGGUGGCGGUUUGGGAAGGGGGAGGAGGGAGGCGGAAGACGAUGUUUUUGAUCCUGAUGCUUAG